UUGACAGUCUCGGUCCACCACAGCAACGCCAGAACCGUCUGACAGGACGCAGCCAUGGAGGCCGUGACACACUGGGUGAGCUGUCCUGUGCGCUACCAGAAACAUUUUGAAGAAGGUGACCUGGAUGAUUUCGUGGAGGACCACCACCUGUUCGCAUUACCAGGCCCCGCUGUCCCGGACAUUAAGUCAGAACCACUCGACCGCAACCGGCAGAGAACAGCGCCUGUUUACCAAGUGCUCCUUGACGUCUCACAGUUCAGACCCGAGGAUGUUCUGAUUCAGGUGUUUGAGGGCUGGCUGUUGGUCAAGGCCCAGCACGGAGCCAGAAUGGAUGAACAUGGUUUUGUUUCUCGUAGUUGUAUUCGACAGUAUCCCCUUCCUGAGACGCUGCAGCGGGCGGGGGAUUUGAGGGCCAUUCUGUGUCAGGAUGGGAUCCUGGUGGUGGAGUCCAAAGAGCGGGUGGAGGUGUCCCAGUAAGGAGCCCUAUUCCUGUGUAGGAUGGGUGUGGAUACGACUAAGGACCAGGUCAAACGAUGAUGAUUCUCUGACUGAAUGUUACAAUUCUUUUGUUAUGGUUGAUCAUUGUAGGCUACUACUGCCUAAAGCCUACUAUUGAUUAAAGUCUUUUGAAUUGUUUUUGCCUAUGUUAUUAAAGUACAUUUGAUGACA